AUUAUUUGGCCAAAUGAACAUGACCAAAGAAUUAGCUAAAACAAUGCCCCAGCUAGAUUAGAUUGGUUAUAUCCUGUAUUAUAUAAUUCAAUUAAACAGAUUUAUUAUUCAAGAGAAAAUCAGCAUUUCUUCUACAGUACUGAGAUUUCCUCCAAGAGUAUUUUAUAUAUAAAUCAACAUUUUGAAGAAGCAGCUGCAGCAGAAAGAAAUGAAAGGCCAACAACAGCUCAAAAAAUCUAAAGUGGUGAAAAUUGACUCAAGAAAAUCAUGGGAACACCACAUAACUAAUGCAACCAAUAAAGGCUAUCCUGUUAUGGUUCAUUUCUCUGCUUAUUGGUGCAUGCCUUCUAUAACUAUGAAUCCUUUUUUUGAAGAACUGGCCUCCACCUAUCAAAGUGUUCUCUUUCUGAAUGUUGAUGUUGAUGAGGUCAAGGAAGUAGCUUCCAAGUUGGAAAUCAAAGCCAUUCCUACCUUUUUGUUGAUGAAUCGAGGAGCUCUAGUGGAUAAAACUGUGGGUGCAAACCCUGAUGAGUUAAGGAAAAGGAUCAAUUGUUCUAUUCACCAGACACAUUCACCCAAGUCUGUGUGAUGAUGCAUGAACGAACACAUUGAACAAAGUUUGCCAGAGCUUUAAAUAAGACCCAUUAUGUUUAUUCUCUUAAUAAUAAAAUAAAGUUAAUAGGAUUCGUUCCUUGUAAGUCACAAAUUCCAAGUGGUUGAUCUUUUAUUAUUUGUAUAAGGUUUGGUGUGGACAUGGAAUAGUGUCGGUUUGAAGGGGCAAGUUACUUUAUUAUAAAAGGGUAUUUUAGUGUAUUCAUUUUCUUCAGAAUGCUAUUUUAAUUUUCUCUUUUUGUAUACUUUGUAGUCGUAUAUAUUAAGUUUAUCAAUGCAA